AUGAAAGAAAAAACUGUUUCCUCAAUGGGAAAUGAUGUCCUGUUGUUCAUAGCUAUGAUACUCUUAGUUUCAAUUCAGAAGAUUUGUUAUGCAGGGGAUACCAUUGACUCCACUCACAUCCUUAAAGAUGGUGAAACCAUUGCUUCUUCUGGUGGAACUUUUGAGUUGGGAUUUUUUAGCCCAAACAAUUCAUCGAAUCGCUACGUUGGCAUAUGGUACAAGCAAUUGCCUAUCCGCACCGUAGUAUGGGUUGCCAAUAGAGAUGUUCCCAUCACCAAUAUAUCAUCAGUGGUCUUGCAGAUGUUCAAUACAGGCGAGCUAGCUCUUGUUGGUGGCAACAAUUCCAUAUUUUGGCAAACUAACAGUUCCAAAAUCGUGCAAAAUCCAGUUGCCAGAUUAUUAGAUUCUGGGAAUCUAGUAAUUACUGAUGCAAAUGAUAGUAAUCCAGAGAAUUUUAUGGGGCAAAGUUUUCAUCAUCCUACAGAUACUCUUUUGCCAGGCAUGAUGUUUGGAAAGAAUUUCCAUACUGGUAUUGAGAUUAUUCUAUCAUCAUGGAAGGCAGAAAACAAUCCAGGCUCGGGGGAAUAUAAACUUCUGGUUGAACCUACAGGAUAUCCACAAGUGCUCAUAAAACGAGGCCGGGAGGAAGUGUUUCGGUCAGGACCAUGGAAUGGUCUGGAAUGGAACGGCUCACCCGGCAUGGAAAAGUUGGAAGACAUGGCCGAACUGGGUGCAAUUGUUAAUGCAACUGCGUUUUAUGCAUACUAUAAGGUUUUUGAAACCUCAAAGUUGAUAAGGUUAAUAAUAUCAACCUCUGGGACUAUACAAUUCCAUUUAUGGGCAGAUGGUUCACAGGAAUGGAAAAUUGUGUUUACUGCACCAACAGACACUUGUGACAGAUAUGGAUAUUGUGGAGCAUAUAGUAUCUGUUACUAUGAUUACUACUCUUCUUGUAGAUGUCUGGACAAAUUUUUGCCCGAAAAUCCAGUAGAAUCAGGAUGCGUUCGGAGGACACGCUUGAAUUGUCAAAAUGCAUCCUCAGAUGGAUUCAUUAAAUAUAGUGGUGUCAAGUUGCCAGAUACAAUGUUUUCAUGGUUCAACAGCAGUAUGAGCCUUCAAGAGUGUGAGCAAGUUUGCUUGAAGAAUUGCAACUGUACAGCUUAUUCAAAUAUGGAUAUAAGCAAUGGAGAAAAUAAUGGGUGUUUGCUUUGGUUCGGUGAUUUGAUUGACCUUAGACUGAUACCUGAGAAAGAACAAGAUCUUUUCAUCAGGAUGGCUUCUUCUGAUUUAGGUAUGUAA